GAGCGGAGAAGUUUGCGGCCGGCGGGGCCGCGCCGGGCCGGGCUGCUGCCGCCGGCCAUGGGGUUCCGCCGCCGGGCCAAGAGCCACCCGCUCUUCAGCCAGGAGUUCCUGCUCCACAACCACGCGGACAUCGGCUUCUUCCUGGUGCUCUGCGUCCUCGUCGCGCUUAUGUUCGAGACCCGGCCACACCGCUCCUGCCAUCUUCCUGUCCUCCCAACCCUGGAGGUUACAGCCAAGACUGCCUUCAUAUUUAUCUUACCUCAGUACAACAUCAGCGUGCCCACCGCAGAUGGUGAGCUUGUUCACUAUUGCUAUGGACUGAAGGACUUGGUCACCAUCCUCUUUUACAUCUUCAUAGCAAUCAUUCUGCAUGCCGUAGUGCAGGACUAUGCCCUGGAUAAAAUCAGCCGACGUUUCCAUCUCUCCAAGGUCAAACACAGCAAGUUCAAUGAAUCAGGACAGCUGGUUGCAUUCCAUCUCACCUCCAUGAUCUGGUGCUUAUAUGUCAUAGUGACGGAAGGAUACUUCUCAAACCCAAGGAGCCUGUGGGAAAACUACCCUCAUGUUUAUCUUCCGUUCCAGGUGAAGUUCUUCUACCUGUGCCAGCUGUCCUACUGGCUGCACGCGCUGCCCGAGCUGUACUUCCAGAAGGUGCGGAAGGAGGAGAUUCCCCGCCAGCUGCAGUAUAUCUGCCUCUACCUGGUGCAUAUCGCUGGAGCGUACCUCCUCAACCUCACCCGGCUGGGGCUGAUCCUCUUGCUGCUGCAGUACGUGGCCGAAUUCCUCUUCCACAUGGCCCGCCUUGUCUACUUCACGGAUGAGAACAACGAGAAACUGUUUAAUGCUUGGGCUGUUGUGUUUGUGAUCACCCGACUCUUCACCCUCACCCUCUCGGUGCUGGUCAUAGCCUUCGGGCUGGCGCGGGAGGACAACCAGACAUUUGAGCCUGAGAAAGGAAACUUCAACACCCUGCUGCUCAGGAUGGGCGUGCUGCUCGUGGUCUGCCUCUUCCAGACCUGGAUGAUGUGGCGCUUCAUCCACUUCCAGCUGCGGCGUUGGCGGGAGUACUGGAACGAGCAGAGCACCAGGAAGCGGGCCGCAGCUUCUGCCACCAUCACCAAACAGCAGUCCAAGCCCCUCAAGAGGGAGUCAGGUUAUCAUGAAAAUGGGGUGGUGAAAGCCGAGAACGGGACUUCGCCGCGCACCAAGAAGCUCAAGUCUCCGUAGAGCCAAAGGCCGGUCUGCAGGGCCAGAGGGUGAGAGACCAGGACUAAGCACCAGCCCUCUGCUCCCCAGCCCUGCAGGUGCCAUCUUGGAUGGCUUGAAAACACAUUGUCUUCACAAGCUUGCGCUCGCGCGUGCUCUCUGUCUCUUCUCUUCCAUGCUCUUUUUUUUCUCUCUCUUCCUCUCUUAGAUCAUUGCAAUAAAACCAACCCCCCCAACCAAUCUCUCCUCCCUACAUAGGAGCCCAACACAAAGCUCCAGCCUUCACCUUCCUCUCAAUCCUAUUAUAAACCAUCGUGCAAUUCCCCCCACCCCCCCUCUUUCCAUUCAUUACUGUGGGAGGGUUUUAAUAAAUAGGUAGCUCCAGAUAUGCGAUCCCUUUUCCACAACAGGUUCCUCCCUGCUCCCUUCCCUCAAACAACCCUGUUUUUCCCUGGAUCCGUGGUUUGGAGGGAUGGUAGCUGUGGCUCCAGGGGCUGACUUGCUGCAAGCGUAGUCCGAGUGACUGCUACCGUCGGACACGGGGGGAGACUACAGCCAGAUCUUGGGAGUUUGUGGCAUCUUCUGGAGCUCUUGGUGAGCCUGUCCUGUCUCGAGCAGGCUUCACAGGAUCCAGAAGGCACCCCAGUUCUAGACUGAGCAUCUCCCCAGAGGAAGCUGCAGUGUGCCCUUAGCUGUGUUUAGCAGCCCCUCCAGCCUUGGCUUUGGGUCAUGUCCUAGAGAGCUGGGCAGGUGACAGAGUGGGGAACAGCUCCUGCCUGCUCUCCCCACCCAGGCACUUCGCCCAGCAUCUGCCCAUCUCGCCCGCUUCAGCAGCUGGAAGGGAAUCCCCAGCACCAGCCCCUCUGGACCUGCUGGUGCUACUGGCUGAGCCCAGUCCUGACUUGUCCUUCCCCCUCCUCAGUGGCACGGUGACCAGGCUUCGCCUCUGCCCCUUGACUGUCAGUGCUUUAUGGUGGGGAUGGCUGCACCCAGGGAAGUAGCUCAGGCCAAAUUUGGGUUCAGGUGGCAUCCGCCUGAGCCCCUCCACUACCAGCAAGAUAACCUCGUUUCUGCAGCCUUCAGGACAUGCCACGUGGCGUUGGGGCAUCACGGUCCUAAGCUUUUGUGCUGCGUCCAGGAGAAUGGCUGUCCCAAUGGGGUUAACGCGGCCAUACCCUUCCACCCUUGGGCAUCCGAGUGCCUCUGCCAUCCCAGCCUGGCCCUUCCCUUCUCUGCUCCCUUUCCUCUUCCAAGGAUACCGGGCUUGUAUCCACCAAGGUGCUAUAACACAACCAGGUUUCCAUCCCAUUCCCGAAGCCCAGCCCCAUCGUUCCUUUUGAGCCAUGAAUGGGAUGGGAAUCAGCGUAGACUUGCCCACGGGUGAGGGAGGGCUCCCACCUUACCCGUGCCAUACGGCAACCUUCUCACCGCCCCAGCGGGUUGGAUGGAAAUCCCCUCAAAUCUACCUCAGAGGCCACGUUUCCGAAGACCACUUUCCCUCAUCAGCCCCUCUUUGCACGUGGUGUUGGAAGGCGAUGGCGGCAGGCAGGACCGUUCUGACACCCAGGACCCCCCUCUGGCGCUACCCCCGGUUUCACCCCUGCCCUCCUCUUGCCAGGCCCAUCCCAACCCGCUAGGCAGCAGGUCUCUUCCCGUGCCACGUGUUGAUCAAGACUGGGCCCAGUCGCUCUGCUGCAUCCUCCCUCUGUGGGAGUUCCCGGUCGCCGGGCUUUGCCCCUGUGUGCAGCAAAGCAAUUGGGAGUUUCCAUUCCCGGUGCGCCGUGGCGGGUGCUUCCUUUUUGGCAAAGCUGUUUCCAUGUUGUGUGUUACUGCAACCUUGUUCGGUAGCAUUUCCUCUUGGCCGAGCGUGGCGGGGGUGCUGCUGCUCCCAGAGCGGGAGGGGAGAGGCAGAGGGUGGGCUGGGGCACAGGUGCGGACUUGCUUCCCAAGCAAUUCAGGUAGCAAUCAGGGCUGACCCUUCCUUCCUAAGGGGCGAGCGACCUGGUGGGAAUAUAUGACGCGAGAUGCUCCUGGCUCAUCCCUCUUUGCUUGUCUGUGCCAGUCUCCCUGCGGGGUGUGGCGCUUGCCCACACUCUCCUCCGUGCUUUUUUCGGGAGCCAACGGCAGCUCUCAUGGGUUUUUUUUCAGGCCUUCUCAGCCAUGCUUCUCCCUCCUGCUGAUGGCCACAUCCAGGGGUGGGGGAAAGGGUCUGGGCACCUGAUGCAGCUGCUCAGGUUAAAUCCCUUCCCCUUGCCUCCAGUAACCUUUGAGCUUCAAGUGAGCAGUGCCAGCUGUAGACUCCCAGAGGUCUCCCUCCUGGUCCUGCAUCUUGUGACUGCCCCGAGCCCUUGCUGGGUGCAUGGUGUGCUUCUUCCUAACAAAUCCAUCAUUUGGGCAGAGGGGGCUCUGGCAAUUGGAGAGCAGCAUUACGGGAUACAAGGUGGAUGCUAACACCAGCAAAGGGGGAGCUGAAAGAUGCAAGCGCUGAGCACCUAGGCUUAGCUCAGCACUCCCUUCCACCUCUGCCCCCUUUCUCCAGCCAUAUGGCUACCAUUGGGGCCUCCAAAGAGGCAGAGGCUUGGCAGGAUUUCUCCAAAGCACUGGCUGGUGUCACUUGGAGCCAGUGGCUUUGCACCUGCUGAGGGUCCCGCUUCCCAUGCUUGCAGGUGGCUUUUGUGCAGUGCAAGCCAGUCAGGCUGCUGAAUAAUUCCUUCGGCACCCCAGGCAGCUUUUCCUCUUGUACCACCCUGCAUCUCUGCAAAGAAGCUCAUUGUACUCUGUAAACCAAGUGCCUUACAUUGCCAUAUAGUCCUUUUGUACUCUUGCCCUUUGUACCAUAUUGAUCGCUACACCCCCUUCCUCCAGCUCUCCAUGGGUAUGUAUGACGUUACUUAUAGUGCGCAUAUGUUCAGAGCCACCAGUAAAAGGGACAGGUUGUGCUGGAAGAAUCCCUUCGUUUUCUAUGCCUUUUUUUUACUUGUUGAACAGUGUUUUCCAUAGAGGGGGAUAUCCCCACCCUUCCCUAUUUCCUCUGGUCCUGCUAGAAAAGUCAAUGUGCAAUCCUAAGGUGGAGAGCUCCAGCAGCGAUGCAGCCCUGGCUGUCUUACCGCCGGUAUUGUAUGGUUCAGGGGAUGCAGAGGGCUCCCAACCAGAUAACUCUCCCCCUUCCAGCCUUGCAGGAACUAGCUCUAAAUUCCUUGCAUUUUGUCCCAGAACAAGACUUUCUGUUCUGAAGAACCGUUUUUCUUCCAGGUUAGAUUUUAUACUCUUUUAAAGUCUCUAGCAUGGAUCAAUUCACCUGCAAAGGCGCCAGGAAAAAAAAAAGGGGGAUAACCACCUUCUCAGAUGGGUUUUUUUCUUGGGUCACAUCCUGCAACGUGGUGCACAUCUGCAAUAAUCCAAGUGCCCUUCCUUCACCAACGUGGGGGAUCCAUAAUUCAGUAUUACAGCAUCCCUCUCUGCCCUCCUGGGUUGUGCAAUAACCUACUUGGGUCAUGGUUAGAGUAAUCACGGCUAUUUGCGAACACUUGGAGGAGCAGGUCUGAGACAUGGUCAAGCUGUGCGAACACAGCUGGCCUCACCUGCCCUUGGCCUGAGCCAUGGAAAAAGCCUUUGAAGCACCCGUUCUCUCUUCUUCUGUCCCAGGUGUCUCAUCGGUGUGAUAGAUGGGGCAGAUAAUAGCAUUGUGCAGAGAGCGAUUGUUUUAAGAGCUCAUUGAAUUAAUCUUCUUUGCGCAAGUGGGCAUUAAAAUGAAACCUGUUUGUUCUCCUAAAGUUGUCUUUGCCACACAAGUUCUCCCAUUCCCCAAUUUUGAGCAGACUUUCCUGUCUGGAUGGCAGUGGGGGUGCCCAUGAGAUUGGCCUUCGUCCCAGUGGGUUGGAGGUACAGCUGCAUCUGACUUUUGUCUAACAUAGAUGAAGCUCCUGGAGGUGGAGUCCCCAGUUUCGGCUGACUUCUUGCACUGGAGUGGGGGUCUGCAAUGGUCUGGCUCUGCCAGCUCCUUUGUCACCUUCAAGGUGGCAUGCUCGGGUAGUCUGCUAGUGAAGCUAUCACCUGUACCCCUCGGUCCCCUCUCCAUGUGCACACUCUUUGUCAGAGGCAGGGAAGAACUCAAGGUGUAAAGGCUAGAUUGGGUAUACGUACUUCUUUUUUCCAUCCAUUUAAUUCCACGGACCAAACAAACAAACUCAAGGAAAACUCUGUUCUUCCAUAUUUAUACUGUCGUGCAAAUUUCUUUUCUAUUUUGUUGUUUCGGAUAAUUGUUUCAGACUUUUUAAAAAAUCCCAUUUGUUUCAUCCCCCCCAGUCACUUAAGAAGACUUUUGUAUGGAUUUUUGUUUUUUUGUUAAGGAGUUUUUGUGACAAACUCUCAACAAAAGUAUUUUCUGAAAUAACUAAAUAAAAGGCAUAGAAUCAUCAAUGUGCU